AUGGCAAGGUCAAGCCUGAGACAUGCAUCACAAUCUUUGAAGAAUGGUUUUGCCUGGAAAGUGGGAAAUGGAAAUAAUAUAAAGGCCAUCAGUAUGCCUUGGGUGAAUGGUUCCAUUCCAACAGUUAAAUCAGGACAAACUCUGGGAGCUGCUGUGAAUUGGAAAGUGAAGGACUUCAUUAACAGAGAGGAAAGAACUUGGAAUGCUAGAAAGGUAAGGGAAUGCUUUGACUUGGAGAGUGCAAAGUCGAUCCUGUCAAUGGAACUUCCUCAGUCAACCGAGGAGGACGAUUUUAUCUACUGGAAAUAUCAUCCAUCGGGUAGAUAUACCGUCAAAACUGGAUACUAUUACUUAUCAAAGGAUGAGGGUCUAGAUAGUUCAAAGUUUGGAGCAAGGCAUCAAGAGUUUGUAAAGGUGAUUUGGAGGCUGGGCAUCCAGCCUAAAUGGAAGGUUUUCCUCUGGAAACUGUUUCAUGACGGUAUUGCAGCCAAGGUUAACUUGACAAAGAGGGGAAUACGAGUAAAUAAAGUCUGUGAUCAUUGUAAGCGAGGAUGGUUGUUCGUGGAAACUUUAUGGGGUUUAUGGAAGACUAGGAACGCUAUAUGCUUCAAUAACUCUAAUGGGACCAUAAGUCUAGUGAAUGAAUCUAUUCAUCGAGCUAUGGACGACCAUGAAACCUUUACACACCAAACAACGGUUGCAAUUGGGGGGGUUUCCAGUGAAACAAAUCACCCGACUCUCCCCCCGAGUUUUAAUUAUGUGCAACUGGGACAGGAAGACAAAGGUUUUGAUGACUUCAUACUGGAAAUAGAUGGUUCAUGGGAUAAGAAGACAACAAGAGAAGGGAUAGGGUGGGUAGUUAAGCCUAAUCGUCAUGAUUUUGCUCUUGACAAAAGAGGAAAACAUGGGGCAGCAGCGUCAGUUAUUCAAUGGGAGGCCUGGGCUUUUCUUGAAGCUAUGAAGUGGGCUAGAGAGAAAGGGAGACAAGGAAUCCUACUUCUAUCUGACUCUAUUGGGCUUGUGAACAACUUACAGGAUUGA